GUCUCCUGAACCUCUGAGCUAGGGUUCUGGCUCCGCCCCUCCAGGCUGCGCCCGCUAUCCGGCUCCGGCAUUGCGCAGACCCGUACGUCUUGUGACCCCGCGGCAGCCGGAUGCAAGGUGCAUCUUCUCCUAGGGGCUAAGAUGGAUCUUGUACUCAGUGCUGCAGAUUAUUAUGUUUUUACACCAUACGUCUAUCCAGACACCUGGCCAGAGAACAACUUCUUUCGACAAACUAUUAGUCUCCUGAUUAUAACAAAUCUUGGUGCUUAUAUCCUUUAUUUCUUCUUUGCAACACUGAGCUAUUAUUUUGUCUUUGAUCAUUCAUUAAUGAAACAUCCACAAUUUUUAAAGAAUCAAGUGUAUCGAGAGAUUAUGUAUACUGUGCAGGCUUUACCAUGGAUGAGUAUUCCCACUGUUUCCUUGUUCCUGCUAGAAUUGAGAGGUUACAGCAAAUUAUAUGAUGACAUAGGAGGCUUUCCACAUGGCUGGUUUCACCUCAUUGUUAGUGUCCUGUCCUUCCUCUUUUUCACUGACAUGCUCAUCUACUGGAUUCACAGAGGCCUGCAUCAUAGACUUGUCUAUAAGCGCAUACAUAAACCUCACCAUAUCUGGAAGAUUCCUACUCCAUUUGCAAGUCACGCUUUUCACCCUGUGGAUGGCUUCCUGCAGAGUCUACCUUACCACAUAUACCCUUUUCUCUUUCCAUUACACAAGGCGGUUUACUUAGGUUUAUACGUCUUGGUCAACAUUUGGACAAUUUCCAUUCAUGAUGGUGAUUUUCGUGUCCCCCAAAUCUUAAAGCCCUUUAUUAAUGGCUCAGCUCAUCAUACAGACCACCACAUGUUCUUUGACUAUAACUAUGGACAGUAUUUCACACUGUGGGAUAGAAUUGGAGGCUCAUUCAAAAACCCUUCCUCCUUUGAAGGGAAAGGACCACUUAGUUAUGUGAAGAAGAUGACGGAAGAAAAGUACAGCAGCCAUACAGGAAAUGGUUGCAAAUAUGAAAAAUUAUCCACUGAAGAGUUGUCAAAGACUGAGUAGAUUAUUGCUGAAUUAUUAAGUAUUUUUAAUAAGAAAAAUAAUUUAUACACAGCCAAGAGACAUAGCAGGAAAAUGGUGUCAUUUGAAAAUCAGCAUUGCAGGAACUGCUGAAGAAUGAUCAUAAUGACAGGUGAGGGGUAGAUGCUGUGAACACGAUGAUUUUAACCUCGUUCUUAAAAUACUAGAUGUUGGUCUAAGGGACAACUUGUGUCUUUCCAUCCAGCAUCUCUGUAAUUUGUAUAGCCUCCACAACCAUUUUUUAAGAUAGAAAAUAAAUUAUUGAGGGGACUAGGUUAUGUCCUUUUGCCUUAAUCUACUAUAUUCAUUAAGAAAAAUUCAUUGUGCUUCAUAAUACCAAGACUAAGCACCAUAACAAAGAAAUAAUAGUGUAAAGAUGGUUCCUUGUUUCAGGAAUGGUUAUGUCUUUGGUUUUGCUCUGAUUUCUUCAAGUGGAUACAUCAGUGUGAAGAAAUAUACUAAUAUAACAUAUUAGCGGCUUUGUAAAUGCCGUAAUUAAUAGCAGUGUGAUUAGAUUAUCACUUCCUACACAUAGGAAGCUUAUUCUCUGGGGACAUUGUUAAACAUUACAUUUUACUGAUGAAUAAAUUUAGGAUUUUAAAAGAUUCUAAAAUCUUGACACUAUCAUAAUUUAAUUCUGAUCUGGGGUUAUUUAAAGAUGUUGAUGGUUAUUGUUGAAAACAAUUAUUUAAUAAGUAUAAAAAUAUGUGAAUCUGAAUAUGAAGUAGCCCCCCUCUUAUUUGUGGGAGAUUUGUUCCAAGACCUGCAGUAAGUGCAUAAAACUGCAGAUAUAUACUUCCAAACCAUAUAUAUACAACAUAUAUACACACACAACAUACACACACAGUAUUUUUUUCUGUACAUGCAUAGCUAUGAUAAAGUUUAAUUUAUAAAUUGGGCACAGAUUAACAACAGUGACUAAAUAUUACUGUAGUUAUAAAGGAAAUUUGAUGCUCAAAUAAUAUAUUUGACACUAUUGAUUUUUUAAAUUAAGUUGAUGCACUGCACUUUGUUCUAUGUAUUUUGGGGAAAAUGAAAUGUAUACUUUAUAUGAAAAUCUUACCAUGGAAGCUAUUCAAUAUUUAAGAUGAUAACCAUUACUGAUAAAAAAUGACAUUUUUCAUAUGAUUCACAGGGAAGUAACAAGAUGUUCAAUCAGAAUUUUCUAAUUUCUCACACAACCCUGAAACCAUAUAUGUCAAAGAUCACAAGAUAAAAUCAGUUCAGUUUUGAAAUAUGAAUGGCAUGCAUUGCACUGAAUUAAUUUUACAAAAUAAAAUAUCCAUUGCAACUAUUCAUUUUGGCUGAAUGCACUGCACUUUUCAUUUUUCAAUGUUACAAACUUAUAAUUUUCUAUUAUCAGGAAUGUUUAGGCCUGUCUCUGAAGAUUAGUUUUGAAAUAUUCUCCCUCUUCUCUGCUCACUUUAAUAUGAAACCGCAGCCCUGACCAGUGUGGCUCAGUUGGUUGGACAUCAUCCUAUAAAGCAAAAGGCUGCUGGUUAGAUUCCCAGUCAUGGCACACACCUGAGUUGUGGGUUAAGUCCCUGGUCAGGGUGUUUGUGAGAGGCAACCAAUUAAUGUUUUUCUUUUUCAUGGAUGUUUCUCUCCCUCUUUCUCCCUCCCCCACUCUCUAAAUAAAAAUAUAUAAAAUCUUUAAAUAAAUAAACCACAGAAACGAUGUGGGUUGUCAAAACUGUUUUAGAAUGUCCACAAAUGCUCAGUGUCAAGGGGAGAGAGAAUCACAUUUUUUUCACAUUUUUACUAGUGUUUUAGCACUGAGUUUUAUGAGACUAGUCAUAAAACUUAAUAUUUGGGAUCCAGAUGAAAUUAUUUUUCCCUUUUGGUUGUUGUUACAGUAUUUGUCUUACUUAAAUACACAAGGUAGUAAUUAGUAUUUUUAACUGGUAAAUGCAUCCGAGUACUUUUCAGUCACCAUCCCCAACCCCUAGUACUCCACUUUGCCCAAGAAAAAGGGAAAUUAAGAAGCAAAUUUUGUUUCUUCAUAAUAAUGGAAGCUAAUAUUCAUUGAGCUUUUAUUCUUGAUCAGGCUCUGUGGUAAGUACUUGACGUGAGGAAACUGGGUUCCAGUUAUGUAACUUUCCCAAGGUUAUUUCUCUCUUGUACAUUUCAAUGUGGAUGUUGCUGGUCACCGGGCAGCCUUCCACAGUCAGUCUGAGUCCCAGGCUCCUUCCAUCUUGGGAAACUGCCUUUUCCCAGUCAGUUGAAGGAGCACACAAAAGAAGGAAAAGCAUAUGUGGAAAAUGUUUGGGUCAAGCGUGGUAAUCAUGCAUAUGUUCCUUUGGACAAAACUCAGUUAUGUGGCCCAUCUAACUGAAAGAGAUUCAGAGAAUUUGGAAACAUGUCUAAUUGUAUAGCUGGGAGACUGAGUAACCAGUUUCUUAAACAGUUAGCCAGUCUGUCAUAAUCUUACAAUUUAUUUCCCUUUUUUGAGGGUUCCAAUGAAGGUAUUGAAGAGAUAAAUACACUCAAAAUUAUCUCAAGUUUUCCUUGUCCUAGCUGCCUUUGUGUUAAUUCCAUAACUCCAAUUAUGAAUGUUAAAGCUUCCUCUAGAUUGUUACUACUGUGUAGCUAGUAGAAAAGAAAGGGCAUAAUUUAUGGAGAGAAGGAAGCUUCCUCAAAGGUAAUCAAAGUAGUCUUGGCCCUCCCACCAUUUUUCUUAAACCUGGUCUUAUUGAGUAGUACUAGUUAAACAGUUAGAAUGUGGGAUUGUUCUGUUUUGUUCUUGUGCACUACCAUUGCAGUCUUCUGUUCUCCAUUAAAGGAAUUCAGGGAACAUUCAUUGAACUGAGUAUCUAAUGUCCCUUCCACAGGAAUAUCAAGUGAAAGACAUUUUCCCUUGACUUUGAAACCUUUUAUACUUAUAGGAUAGGAAGGGAAAACCAAGAUUACAUUUUCCACUCUUAGUUAAAAAUUGGAACAUGGAGGUGGUACAGAACCCAGAAACCUUUCCUGAAUCCUUAGCUUCCCCUGUGUCUGUCUCUCUCCCUGUCUCCCUGUGUCAGGAUGUUGUGAUUACCUACUUCUCAUCACCUGGUGUCAUUUCUUCCAGCUUCAGAAAGUUAGCAACAGAUGUGGGAGAGAAUCAUAACCAGUGUUCAACACAUGAGGUUUAUAGGGCAGGCUGAUUAUUUAUGUAGAGAUGAUGUCUGGGAGGAAGAUGAAAAGUAGGGACACAAAUGAGAGCAAUUAUAUUUGGGAUUAACUCAUGGAAGAAAAAUCAGUUGCCAAGGAGAGCAUGACAAACACGAUGUCCAAAGAAACAAACCAACUAGAGGGGAAAAAACUCCCUUUCCUUAUUUUCCUAACUUCAAAUUCAAAACACUUGAUAAGCAGUCUAUGUCAGUAUUGACUGCUGUCCAUCAUCUAGCAUUGUUAUGUAUACCAUUUAUUCUAGACCCCCAAAUUCCUUAAAAGUAGAGAUCAUGUGUGAAUCAUGGUUGUAUUAAGCCAUGUGUCCUUACAGAAUGCCCAAAACAUGGUUGAGGUUCAAUAAACACUUUGCUGAAUGAAUUAAUGAAGUGGUAGAAAUGCCAUUCUCUUCAAUAAAUAUUUAAUGAGCACCUACUAGGUGUCAAACACUGAACUGGGUGCAAAUAUGUAAUUCCAGACUCUUAAACACUGUUUUUAGCCAACAAUUUGUUUCUCAUUUAUUCAUUAGCUGACAUUUGCUGUGUGCCUUGGUAGGGUGGUCACAAAGAGAGCUAAAGGGAAAUCAAAGAUAGUCCCUAGGUCAAUAAUAGACUCUUUCCUUUACUCAAAGUUAUACCUUCCUCUGGAAAUAAAACCCAUCAAGCACUAUGGAUUCAGACCAUAUAUGAAUCCAUAAUAUGGGUACUGAUUAAAGAGGUGGUUGAAUCUGUGUGAAGUUAUUUUUUAAAACAGUGCUCUGGAUACAAAAAUCCUUGUAAUUAUACAAGAAAUUACAAACCUAGCAGGAUAAGCUACAACUUCGGCUGUACUGUAAUUCAUCUAGGGAACUGGAAAAGUGAAGAGCUUUGGAAUUAUAUAGUUUUGAAUCCUGACUGUGCCCUUGGCAGAUUGCAUGACCUUGGUUUCUCCAUCCGUAAGCUGAUGAAAAUACCACCUAAUACAAUUAAACUAGAAACAAAUGUGAAUGGAGGCUCUUGUUCAUGUAACUUGUGCUUCAUGUCUCUUUCUAGGUUUAAUGAUCAUUGUUAUUAUACCUAGGGUAUAAUUCCAGGGAGGAAAAAAAAGCCUAGAUUCUUUCACCUUAAAAUUGGGUAAAAAAUAGGAGACACAACUAUGGAAGUUUAUGCGAAGUUACUUGGAGGAAGAGUACCAGUUGCCAAAGAAUGUGGGCAGCCUCUAGAAGCCGGAAAAGAACCUCCAGUGCAAUCUUAAAUAGAAGUAGCAAGAGUGGACGUCCUUUUAUUGUUCCUGAUCUUAAGAGGUCAUAGUGAGAAGUGCCUCUAGAGAAGCCAAAAAAAAAAAAAAAAAAAAGCAAACACCAGAAACUCACCAAGCUGGCACCUUGAUCUUGGACUUCAGCCUCAGUUGCCAGAAUUCUAAGAAAAUAAAUUAUUCAGCCAAAAAUAAAAAAGUAAAAAUCAUUAGGUUCACUAGAGAUAGGGAAUGCAGAAGAAAAUCAUAUAAGUAAAACUAUAUGAUUUUGCUAACUAUAUAAAAUUGCUAUAUUAAUUUACUGUAAAUUUUGUAAUAGUUUAAGAUACCUAAAUUACUUGCUUCUAAAUAAUUUUAUUGUAAAUAUUGCUAUAAACCAUAAGAUCAGUCUACAAGAUUUUGAGGUAAAGAGGAAGAAACUUCCCUGAAAAGUAAAAAAUUUAUUAAGAAAGGCAAGAUGGAAGUAUUGUGUGUACUAUAUUGUCAGCGAGCCUUCCUGUCAAAGCAGUAUUUUGGCAUGGAAAGAAAAACACUUAUAAUUGUUUUAAUUAAUAUUUCUUUUAUUAAAAUACAUUUAAAGCUUUUGUCACCUCUGAGCUCAAUUUAGAGAUCUUAUUAAGAUAUAAGUAAAAUUUGUAUUAAAAUGAGAAAUUUUUCAUUAAUGAUACAGUUGAUCAUAUACUCCUAACAUUUAACAUCACUUAUAUACUUGAUUAAUCAUAUUUUCUUAAACAUUUGAUAAGAGAUUUAAUGUCUUUGAGUCAUCCCCCACUAAGGCAGACUUGUAUACUUGAUUUUUGCUAGCCUCCUUGACAAUGCAUACUUAAUAUACUUAAACACAAAAUAGAAUAAUGAUAUCAAAAGUUAGUCAUUCAACAUCAAAGUAUUCAUACAACAGCCUUUUAUUUACUUCCCAUGUCAUUUUGUAUUCUUCCCUGUAUUCUAAGAUUAUAAUUUUGUUAACUGUACCCUUUACUCAGAUGAAAACUUGGCCCCCUGACAUGUGCUACCAAACAAGAAAUAGGAACCCAGAAAGUCAGGGUGCACUCCAUUGCCUGCACUUGUAGUGGCUUUUGUCUUCCUCUUCAGUAGGACGUUUUUUCUUUUAACCAGCUUAAUGAGGACAUAAUUUACAUACAAUAAAAUUACCCAUUUUAACUGUCCACAUCAAUGAAUUUUGACAUGUGUAUAUGUAACCACUACCUCAAUCAAGCUACAAAGAUUUCCUUCCCCAGAAAAAGUUUAUCUCCCUUUGUAAUCUCCCCAGCCCUAGGUAACCACUGAUCUACUUUUUGUCACUGGAGAUUAAUUUUGUCUAUUCUAGCAUUUCAUAUGACUUGCAAUAGAUGAUAUGUACUAUUGUGUUUGAUUUUUUAGUUUACCGUAUUUUGAAAUGCAUUUCUGAUGUGUAUAUCUAUAGUUCUUGAUUGCUGAAUAAUAGUCCAUUGUAUAUCACAAUUUGCUUAUCUGAGUAUUUGUUGAUGGAUAUUUAAGUUAUUUCUAGUGUGAGGUUAUGAAUAAAGCUACUACAAAAGUG